GGCAAUUAUUACAAUAUAUUUAGUUCGUAAAGUAAACAACUGUUAAAACAAUCCACUGGACUGUGCAAGACCGUGGAUAACUUAAAUAAGUUUAUAUCUAUGUUAUUGUUGCGUAAGAUAUUGUUAUUUUCAUUUAUUUUCGCUAAUCGUCAACAAUGAGAUAAUAUGCCUCGAUCUUUGACAUUGAUGCAAGAUAUCAAUUUGUGAAACACAAAUACCCUAUUGAAAUCGACAUUCUUUUGUCAGUCUAUUGUAAUAAUUUGAACCAUGUGCAUAUUACGAUUUUUUACACGCGAAGCAUUUAGUGCUCAUAGGACUAAGGAAAUACUUGCAAAGUUAAAACUUGUUGAUGUCAACGUGCAAGACCUGUCAACAGAGGUGUGCUACCAUGUGGAACUUGCUGAGGGUUGUGAUUAUCUGAACAUCAACCAAAUAAAGAUACUUCAGUGGCUGCUCAGCUCUCCACUGCAGCCUCACGCACUAAGGAAUGAAUCUAUGUACAAACUUAUAAAUGAUGAUCAAAUUAUCAUAGAGAUUGGUCCUAGAUUCAAUUUCUCAACUGCUGAUUCAAGUAAUUCAGUUCAAAUCUGUGAAAGUGUUGGUCUUCAUGAUGUGGUGCGUCUUGAGGUUUCCACAAGAUUUCUCAUUACAUUUAACCAAGCCAAGAGUGUUAGCAAAAAACUCUUCGAUGACCUGGCUGCACCAUUGCAUGAUAGGAUGACACAGUGUAUAUAUACUACAGAGAAUUUGCCCCGCAAAAGUUUUAAUGAGGGUUUACCUAAGGAUUUGGAACCCUGGUUUGUUGUACCAUUACAAAAAGAGGGUAUGGCAGCUAUGGAACAAGUCAAUAAUAAGUUAGGUUUGGCUUUUGACACCUGGGAUAUGCAGUUUUAUAUGGAUCUGUUUGUAAAUAAGCUCAAAAGGGAUCCAACUAGUGUUGAGUUAUUUGACCUUGCUCAAAGUAAUAGUGAACAUUCGAGGCAUUGGUUCUUUAAGGGAAAAAUUAUUUUAGAUGGCAAAGAAAUAGAUGAAUCACUGAUUGAUAUGGUUGCUUCUACUCAGAAGACCUCCAAUGAUAACAAUGUUAUAAAAUUUGGAGACAACAGUAGUGCAAUAAGAGGUUUUGAACACACAAAGAUCAUGCCAAGCGAUGUGAAAGUACCAUCUUUAAUGGUUCCACAAGUGACACAAUCAGAUAUAAUAUUUACGGCCGAGACUCAUAACAUGCCUACUGCUGUUGCCCCGUUCAGUGGAGCCACCACAGGCACUGGUGGACGUAUCAGAGACGUCCAGGGAGUAGGUCGCGGUGGUCAUACAGUUGCUGGAACAGCGGGAUACAGUGUUGGCAAUCUGUCAAUUCCUGGAUAUGAUUUACCUUGGGAAGACAAGAGCUGGAAGUACCCGAAUAAUUUUGCUAAUCCUCUGCAGAUUAUAAUUGAUGCUAGCAAUGGUGCUUCAGAUUAUGGCAAUAAAUUUGGGGAGCCUCUUAUCUCAGGCUUUGUGCAAUCUUACGGUUUAAAGAAUGGUGAUAAUAAAAGAGAGGAAUUUGUCAAGCCUAUUAUGUUUAGUGGAGGGAUUGGGUAUAUGCCUCAUGCCAUGAUCAAAAAGAACAAGCCAGACAAAGGAAUGUUGCUUGUGAAGAUUGGCGGCCCGGUGUAUCGUAUCGGCGUGGGAGGCGGAGCCGCUUCCUCGGUUGCUGUUCAAGGUGGUGAUUCAAGAGAUCACGCUCUUGAUUUUGGAGCCGUCCAGAGAGGUGAUGCGGAAAUGGGAAAUCGUCUUAAUAGAGCAGUCAGAGGUUGCUUAGAAGCUGAAGUUAAUCCCAUCGAAUCUAUUCAUGACCAAGGCGCUGGCGGUAAUGGUAACGUGUUGAAGGAGUUAGUGGAACCUGAAGGGGCUGUGGUUUUCACGGAGGAGUUUCAACUAGGAGAUCCUACCAUCACAACAUUAGAGCUGUGGGGUGCUGAGUACCAGGAGAAUAAUGCUUUGCUCUGUACCAAAGAAAAUAGGACUAUUCUCGAAGAAAUAUGUCGUCGGGAAAGAUGCCCCGUAUCAUUCGUUGGCGAAGUGACUGGCGACGGAUUUAUGAGUCUCAUAGAGGAUAAGUACAAGGAAAACUAUUUGGACAACGCGGGUAGACUUAAGCCAGAGACGAAAUCCAAACUACCCUAUGAUUUACAUUUGGAAGCUGUUCUAGGUAACAUGCCACGUAAGACUUUCGAUUUAAAACGAGAUAAGAGAACCAAACUGCCUCUCGCCUUGCCUAGUGGCGUUACUGUAGAAAAGGCACUGAACCGCGUCUUGAGACUGGUUAAUGUCGCUAGCAAGAGGUAUUUGACAAACAAGGUAGACCGUUGUGUCACAGGUCUAGUAGCCCAGCAGCAAUGCGUAGGGCCCCUUCAUACCCCACUGGCCGAUUUUGCGAUCAUAGCAUUAUCGUUUUACGAAUUGGUUGGAUCCGCAACGUCUAUCGGCACGCAAAACAUCAAGGGUCUAUUAGACCCCGCAGCGGGAGCAAGGUUGUCCCUCGGCGAAGCUCUCACUAAUUUGGUAUUCGCCGGAAUUACCGAGUUGGAAGACGUAAAAUGUUCCGGAAACUGGAUGUGGCCAGGCAAGACUGGAGCGGAGGGAGCUUCUCUAGUCGUGGCUUGCGACGCGCUUUGUGGUGCCAUGAGGGAAUUGGGCGUGGCUAUCGACGGCGGCAAAGACUCUCUCUCCAUGUGCGCUAGUGUAGAGGGAGAAGCUGUACAAUCACCCGGAACGUUAGUGGUGUCUACGUACGCGCCUUGUCCUGAUAUUACCGUAAAAGUCGAACCCACUCUUCUCGUCGAAGGCGCCGCGCUUGUCCAUGUGCCGGUUACUCCAGGAAAAUACAGACUUGGGGGAUCUGCCCUAGCACAAUGUUACAAACAGUUGGGAGAUAGUCCACCAGAUCUAGACGAUCCUAAAGUGUUGAAGUCUUUGUUCAAGGUCACACAGAGACUGCUAAAAGAAAAAAAAUUGCUGUCUGGCCACGAUAUAAGCGAAGGAGGUUUUAUAACAACCGUUCUGGAAAUGGGUAUUGGAGGUGUACGUGGUCUGGAAUUGGAUUUGAGAGUAGAAAAUAAUGUAUCUGCUAUAGAGGCAUUACUUAAUGAAGAACUGGGCAUCGUCAUAGAAGUAGCACAGAGUAAUUUGGAUUAUGUCCUAAACGAAUACAAUAAACAGGGUGUUAAGGCUAAACUUGUUGGCAGAAGUGGAAAAUAUGGCAUGAACUCUGAGGUGGUAGUAAAGAUUAACGGGGAAUCGGUGUUGGACACAAAAUUGAUAAACGUCUACAAAAUUUGGGAAGAAACCAGUUAUCAAUUAGAACGCCUGCAAGCUAACUCCGAUUGCAUCAGGCAGGAGUGGAAUGGUCUCGGCGGUCGAAAAGGAGCUACAUACAACGUCACGUUUGAUCCCUCAGCAGCUGUUGUGAAAUCAAAAUCUGUUAGAGUGGCUGUACUUAGGGAAGAAGGAAUAAACGGUGACCGCGAGAUGAUUGCUUCCUUGAUGAUGGCGAACUUCGAAGUUUAUGACGUCACCAUGAGCGAUCUGCAAGCCAAAAAAAUCACGCUUGAUGCAUUCCAGGGAUUGGUUUUCCCAGGCGGUUUCAGCUACGCCGAUACCUUAGGUUCAGCUAAAGGUUGGGCCGCUGGAAUUCUCUUCUCGGAAUCUCUGAGCACACAGUUCGCUAACUUUAAAAGCAGAAAUGAUACGUUCUCUUUGGGCGUUUGUAACGGAUGCCAGUUGAUGGCGCUGUUAGGUUGGAUCGAUGCAGAAGAGACUAAACAAGUGAUGAAGACUCAAAUAUUCCUUGACCACAAUCAAUCUGAAAGAUUUGAAUGUCGCUGGUCGGCUGUGAAGAUCAACGAAAGGGCUACCGAAGAUGUUUGGUUCCGCGGAAUGGGUGGUAGUGUGCUUGGAGUUUGGGUGGCCCACGGUGAAGGAAGAUUCACCGUUUCCGACCAACAAAUACUCAGUAAGCUGCGCAUGAACGGUCAGGUCGCGAUGCAAUAUGUUGAUGAUGAUGGAUUACCCACGGAGAUCUAUCCGAUGAAUCCAAAUGGAAGCCCAGAGGGGCUAGCCGGCGUAAGGUCCAGAGAUGGACGGCACAUAGCAAUGAUGCCUCACCCCGAGCGCUGCGUGUUGCGCUGGCAGUGUGCCUCGCCCGCACCGCAAGCCGCAACUCCCGCCAACCACGCCUCGCCCUGGCUGAGACUGUUCCACAACGCAUAUGUCUGGGCUUCACAACAAUAAACUUUAUUUUUACAAUUAGCGGCCGCGUCAUAACAAAAAAAACAUCACUGUAUUAUCUAUGCCUACCUUUCUUCCAUUGCCUAAAGCUAUAUACCUCGCUUUCUGAGUCCAAGACCAUCCAUGGGUUCAAUUCCUAGAAGGCACUUUUGAUGCAUGCAUGUUUUUUUUUCCUUUUGUAAACGAUGGUGAUAAUUUUUCAAUUCGUUAACUUAAAAUUAAAGCUACAUGGGUUACAAACGUGCCUCGUCUAAGCUAGCUUUUAUUUAUCAUCAUCUGAAUAUGUCAGAAUACAAACACCAGAGAAUAGGGUGUUUGUUUCUGGUAAGAAAUAACUACAAUUUUAUUUGACUCGAUACAUCUUCUGGUGGGUUAGACUGCUGACCCAUUAGCCAAAUAGUUUUCAGCGGACUGUCUGCUAGAAGAGUCUAAACUGCAAAUUGGAAUGUACGACUUCUGCCGACUGGAUCUAAUUUUACAUGUACGUUUACUCCGUAGUCAGAUCGGCCUGACGGAAUGUACGUAAUUUUUUUUCAAAGACAGGUUUUUAACAAAUGAGCGACAAGCAAAAAAACUAAUGAUACCACCCCAAAAAUAUAAAGAAUUGUCAUUAAUUGAAAGUAAAAGAUUUUUUAUAACUAUAAAUUUAUAUUUAAGCAUGUAUGAAUUAUAGUAAAUAAGCACAACAUAUUCACAUACAAGAUAAGCAUUCCAGCUUUAAUAAAAAAUCUCGAAUUAUUGUUAUACAAUGUGAUACCCAUUAUAAAAUAUGAGCAGUGGUAUUUUUGAUACUAUAAUAUUAUAGGAGCAUAGAUAGAUAUUGAUGUUAUGUCAUCAUCUUUAAUUAAGAAAACAUGCAUUUACAUAGAUUGGUUUUUGAAAAUAUAAUCAAAUUUUUAGUUGUACAAUAAAACUCAAAGUGCCUUACUAUGUUUUUAUUUUUAAUGAAUAUUACUAACAAAAAUCAUAUUCAAAUCCUAUUAUAUAGGUUUCUUGAUUGGGUUACGAAUAAUAUUAUUUAGUUGAUGAAGAUUUAUUCAGUAUACAAGAUUUCUAAUAGCAUUUGAAUAUGGUAGUAUUUGUUAAAAUGUAGUUUAGGUACAUAUUUAC